GUUUGAAAAUAGCGUUCCUGAUGUCUGAACGUGUUGAUCACAUUCAUGCGACUAAAAAGUUCAAACACAGUGAAUCCAAUGAGGAAUCAAAUGAAAAUCAUGACAGGCGCAAACAAGUUGAUGCACACGUUCAAGCCUUCCUCAAGGCUGUGCUUGAUCAUGCUCAUGGUGGUACUGUCAGGCAAACAAACAAUCCAAACAAAAAAGAUAAAUCUGUGAUAAAAAAGGAUGCUUCCACUCAGACAGAAGAACAGAAUGAUUUUGAAUCGUGUUCGUACAACCCAGAUCAGUCAGUUUCUGAAUAUCUGGGUUGCAACAAAAAUGAAAAAAGUAGUCGAGUUCCUAAUCGAGAAAUGUACAGCGAGGAAGCGCUAAAUUUACUUUCCCAACAAAGUUUUUAUUCUGAAGAAGCACAAAACGAUCUCUCUUUUAAUGACAACUCCACCCACUGCUAUUCCACUCAAUGUGAUACUGGUCUCUUAAAUCAUGGUGUUAGUAAUAAGAGUGCCCGCAUUUCUUCUAAUAAGAUCAAAAGAGCAAUAGACGAAUGGGUUAGAAAAUAUGAAGAUUGGUUUUUCCAAAACUUUGGGAUGGAUGUACGAACGGCUUCCCAUUCAAUUGAAUCAAAACCUGAGAGUGAACUCAAACAAAGUUCAGAAGUAAUUAUUGGUGCUCAAACAUUGUUCAACACUAAUCCAUCCGAUUCUCAAAUGCUAAAUCCUUGCGUUAUAUCACACUCACCUGUAAGUUAUUUCAUCCCAGAGGGUUCGUUGUGCACAAUCGAUGGUAGGUUUUCACCAUACUACUCCCUCGUCCCUUCAUUUUACCUUUCCCCAACUUUAAGCAACACCCCCCUUGGUUUACACUCUAAUGUGACAGCUUUCAACUUCGGCGUUGGCCUACCAUUGUAUCCAAAUCAUACAUUUAUCCCUACCACCAUUAAUACAACCAUGCCUAAUGCAGUCGUUUCGUAUCCAUCGAAUUUCGCCAACCAGCUAAGUGCUUCUACAAUGUCCUUUCCACCAAACGUAGCCAGCACCACUGCAACGUGCAAUACAACAAGCUUCCAUGUAGGUACAUCCUUUCCUAUACCUCCGACUAUUCAACACAAUCACAGCAUCACCUCCUUCGCAGAUCUGCCCAGUGAGUUACAAACAUCUGCAAUGCUUGCCACUUUAGCCCUUCCAGUUGCUGACAGUCAACAUAGCUUAGGCCAGUGGGGACCACAUUUGAAAUAUGGUACUUAUGGUCGGCUCCCAUCUCCCCUUGACCUAGAAGCUUUUAAUUCUCAUAGGCAGUUAUCUGAGUUCGGACAAAAUCAAACAAACCAAUUAUCCUAUUCAUCGCCUGAUUUAUCAAACAAAUCUCCCACUGCUGCUAAUAAAUCAGUGAAAAUGCCUCCUCCACCCCCCACCUUCAUUCUUUUAAGAAGGCAAGCCAUGGUCUGUGCACUCCAGCUAUGUUGUCGGGAGCGUGGAAGUGAACUAUUUCUUCGUGAAAAGGAAAGUUGUAGUGGCUUAUCCAUUGACUUUGUGAAGGAACUAGCUCAAGUAGUUGAAUCCAGUAUUGGCCUUCGACCCACAUAUAUUUUUACAAGAAUCACAGAUCUUCCCCAGAGGGAACGUUCCUUUUUUCUGAAUACUGAAGUUCAAAAAUAUCCUCAAAAUCACCUAUCUUCUGUAAGUGUUUUUUCGUAACUUUACGCUCUUAAGUUAUCACUACUAAUCGUCUUAUUGCAGUUUGCAUAAAACCGUUAACUAGACUAAAUUUUAUGUUCCUCGAUGAUUAUUAGUGAGAUACAUCGACGAUAGUUUAGACAGAAGAGGGUUUACUCAGGAUUGUGAAUAUUUUGCUGAUAAUUAUUAAAUGAGAUGCUGUGUUCAUGGCCUUCUACAGAUAUCCAAAUAUCUACUGAAGAGCUACUAAGCACUAUGUUAUUUCGUGUUUUAUAGUUGAUAAUGUUCAGUCAGGACUAAGUUCAAACAAUAAUUUGAUCAGCAUUUGCGGUCAUUUCUUGCAAAUAGACGUUGCUUGUUUGUGUCGUAUUUGUUUUCCUGAGAAUAUCUUGAGUAUUUUUGGAGGUGUGAGGGUGACUAUCCCAUACCGUGAAAAACUACUUCUUGAGAUGUCUGGAAAGUAAACUGGGUUAGAAGGUCAUAAAACCUGGAGGCGUGAUCUCAGAGCUUAAGGGACAAUUGUUUGAAGUUGGUCACAGCCUUUUUGCGAUUGGUUUCAUGCGCGUUAGUUUCGUAUUUUUAAGCCCUUACAAACCGACGUUACUUGCUUGAUUUAUUUUCUUAUCUACAUAGAUUUCAAAUACCGAAAAAGCAUUUGAUAUCAAACAAUUAAUUGCUUGUGAUCUUUUGAUUGGAGAUGUGCUAAUUGCAGAAUCACUUUCUGCGUCUAAAUCCCUCGCACAAAUCUGCACUGCGCGACAGGUAUGACAAUUUAGUUAGCUUAUUGUUAUGAAUAUUCACAUUUAUUUGAAGAUAAUUUUAAUCAUUAACUGACAUCAGUUGACGAACCAUAACAGAUACUUGAUUGCUAUCUUAUUUUAGUUCGUGUAUCUCUGAGAGACCCCAUUUAAAAAUAAUAUCCUAGUGCUCUCCGAAACUCUUAGGUUUACUUACAUACAAAUUGUUACUGUCAACCUUGAGCUGCUUGUUGUAUGACGGCUGGUAAUACAACUUGUUUGUUCAACACAUAAUUGAUGUAGUGAAAUUUGGACGCCUUACUCUAAUGGAAAUUUACGUGUUGUGACAUUCGCUUAGCUAAUGGACCAUAACUUUCCAGUGGUCGUCCAAAUAUCAUUGGAUAAUUAAGUAGAGAAAUCCUCACAUCCACUUGACUGAAUAGAUAUAUUUACUGUCUACAAAAUUCAGUCAUGCUACUCUAAUUUUUAUCACUUUUUCCUGAGUAGUGAUAAUUGAAAGUGUCGAUUUAGCUAGAGUGAAUUCUUUGCAUUAUUAAAAACCAAAGUACUGGAAAUCAUGAAGAAUAUCUUUCAGUAGUACUUAAAUAUCUCUUUAUUCUAAUUAAUUCUAAUUUGUUUGUUUCCCACGUAGUAGGAUAAUAGCUUCGUUUAUUUUGGUUUGGCUAUUGUUUAACUCAAGCACAUCGUUGAGCGGAUUGAGCAGCAUAAUACUCUUUCUUCUAAAGGUCGUUGAAAACUAAAUGCUUAGUUAUAGAGAUCAGUAUAAGUUAGAUAACCGUUGAAAACCUGAAAGCACUGGGCAGCUCAUAAAUGUUGUGCCGCUGCAUUUAUCAACAACGGUCGGGUUUUGUUCUCUCUACCCAUGAUAAAGUUACGGAGUUUGUCUCCUGAAAUUUUUAUUUGCGACAUAUAUCUCCAUGUAUUUAAAACUUUAAUAUAACCAUUCUCUCGCUUGUAUUCUAGGCCUUUCAGAUUUUAUCUCGACCUUGUUUCCUCGUCGGAUCUGUACGUCAGUGGGAGGAGGUGGAAUACUUGGUUUUAUGUUUAAGUCCGAAAGCUGAAAUAGUUCCUAAACUAUCUCCAUUUCUCAAGGAUCCUUUUGAAUCCGACUUCGAAAAAGAUGGUGAUUUUGAGGGUGAUGAGAGCAUCACCACAGUAUUCACCCCUAAACCAUUUGAUGAUAUGUGGAUUUAUCUAGCGCAACUUCCAAAAGAAAAAUUACAUGAUCAGGUACUAAAUUCUUAUUAUUUAGUACUAACGGCAUUAGGAAUGUUACUGGAUUAGAAAAAAAUAAGUAAUGUUUGUGAUUAUGUCCGUCUAAACUCCUAUCUUAGUAAAUAGUUUUCAGUUGAUGCAUCAUAAUAAAAACUAUGUUCUAAACUCUUUAUUCGUGCUUCCUGUAUUAUAGACGUUUUGUACGACUCAAUCUAACUACCAGAAACUUCAUGAAAACAAUCUCAUAUCUUGGUCUUAUCAUCUUUAACCUUUUUAACAGCUUUUAUGGUACCCAACAUGAUUCUACAUGAGAAGAGGAGGAGGCUGAAUCUGUGUAAUACCUAUUCUAUUCAUAUCGAUAGAUAGACGCUCAAUACUUUAUAAUCCUAUUUAUCAUAUUCAUCUAGUACUUUGUGGACUUGCUGAUUCAACCAUGAUCAAACACUACUUAAAAGACACUCAUGAUUGAAUGUCUUCAAACAACCCAUGUUUAUGAUGUAAUAUGUAGUGGACUUACAAAAUAUACUCUCUGAUAGAUAGCUGAACGUUACCCGCGUACAACAUUUGUUGGCAAAUUUCAAAUGUGGCUUUUAUCCCCUUUGAGACGUCAGGUAACAAUCAACCAGUGCUGAUAAUGCUCCCAAGAUAAAUGGAUUACCAAGCACGCUCAGUAACCUUGUUCCCUAUUCCAAGUUGUGGAUAAACAUAGAUCAUUCCUAAGAUAAAAUUUGUACUGUUUUUAGGAAGCCACAUCUCUGUACCCUGAUCGAACAGGACUACGUAAUUUACACACUCCGAUUCAAUGAAAGUAUCUUCUGUCAUGAGACUGAAUCGUACAAGUGGAACUUAGUUAAUAUCUACAUAGCCUCUGCCAGGGAAGUCCUACUCACUGCCUUCUCGUGGCGGGGGUGUUGUUUACGAAAAUGAGAGGACGAAAAGCAAAUGUCCGGCGCUUCAACCGGAUUCCAAACCAAUGGUGCACAUGGGCUCCAGUAUCCUGCGGGAACAAAUGGCGUAUGAACCAAUUGUUGGUCACCGGCUUCCAUGAGACUGCAUCUCCUUACGAUGCUCCACUUCCUUGUGGAUCAGACCUUCAGGUCGAAGGCUCGGGGAGUGGCCCCCUAAGAAAACCGCCUGCUUCGGUUUGGGUACCCGGGCAGUAUUACAGCCCUCACACAUCGAAUGAGAUUUGUGUGGCGCAUAUGUAUUUGGUGCCUCCUUGUACCAAUAUCUAUGUGUUAAAAUAAAUAAUAAAUAAAUUAACAACUAGAUUCAUGAAGUAAUCAGUAAAAGUUGAUGAAAUGAACUUUUCUAACAUAGUUACUUUCAUUGAUAACAGUGCUUAGUUAUUAAGAUUUUCGUGAUUAAUUCAUUAGGACCUGUUUCUCAAUAUCACUUGAAAUUACUUAGCCUUCAAUGCCUCGCUAAAAAGUAAUUUGUCCAGUUCAAACCCCAAAGUAAUUGAUCAGGCAUUUUAAUGUUCUUAGAUCCUUACCAUAAUCAGAACGCACCGAAGUAAUUCUUACAACACCAUAACUUCUCUCUAAGUCAUAUCGUUAGCACUUUUAUUUUGGAGCUGCUCUCUCUAUGUUAAAAAAUGGCGCUUGUACAAAUCAAACAGUUGCCACACUACACUGAAUCAAUUACAUGUAUCGUUGUCUUCUUGAUCUCUUACGGUGCCAUCCAUCCAGAAAGCGCUCUCAACAAUAUCUAGCUCUCUCAGUUCGAUUGUAAUGUAGGUUAACAACAGUAGUUAAAGAAACAAAUGGAAUACUUAUCUAACAUAAACACUGGGAUUUACCAGUUCUUCAAACUGUAUUCAGUUAAAAAAACGCUCAAUCUGGCGUAGUAUAUUUAGCUACACACUUAACAUUUCAUCGUCCUUAUAAACAAUCAAAUCGUUCUUUUUAUCAAAUUUGAUAAAAUUGAAAUCUCUGUGUCAAUAGUCCUCAUUUAUCAAAAUAUGUCAUCUAACCACCAAUCAGUGUAUGUUCAUAUUUUUUGUUAUAGUUUGCCCAAUAUUCUAAUAUAAAAAUCUAUACAUUUACCACUAUGACGUUUUAGCAUCCUCAUCCAUAUCUGUAAUUUACUGUUGAUUUUGUAAAGGUUCAUCUAGAGAGAAUUUUGGCCCAGUCUGCUGAAUUCAGUCAAAUGCUUGUCAGCUUUGAAUUUGAAGUGCAAACAACCACUGGUCAAAUUAUAUGCAAUACAUUAAUUGAUAAUCAGCGUUGUUUAAGCGUUGAAAGUCCAAAUCUUCAUGGUGCUCAGCAAUCGGCACUGAGUAGUCUGUUGAAUAAAUUAUGUGCUACUCAACCUGUGGUUGGUUUAAUAUUCUCACGGGAAGGUAAAGUUGCCAUAGGCCAGUCAUCAGCUGUAUUUUUUCCGUUAAUUGACUGUAGUUUUUGUAAUUGUACCUUUAAUACAUUACCAAUUGUACUGUUUUCUGAAUAUACGAAUAUAUUUCUUCAGUAUAAAACUGUGCCUUGUUUC